AGGAAAAUGAGGAGAUGAAGAAGCAGCUCAACAGCUCACCAGUUAUUCAGAAUCCAGACAGCACCCCAGAUUGUGUCAGGAUCGUGCUGAUUGGGAAGACAGGAGUUGGGAAGAGUGCAACAGGAAACACCAUCCUGGGGAGAGAGGCUUUUAAAUCUGAACCUUGUGGUGAAUCAGUGACGAUCUGUUGUCAGAAAGACACAGCACAAGUAAAUGGCCGAUCUGUUGCUGUUGUAGACACACCAGGGCUGUUUGAUACAGAUAUCUCAAAUGAUGAUGUCAUGAAAGAAAUUCUGAAGUGUUUCAGCUUGCUGGCCCCUGGACCCCAUGUGUUCUUGCUGCUUCUUUCAAUUGGUAACAGGAUGACACAAGAGGAACAGGACACAUUGAAACUCAUCAAAGACACAUUUGGGAUCGGGGCUGAAAAGUUUACCAUUACCCUUUUCACAAAAGGGGAUAAUCUAGAUCCUCUUUCAAUUGAACAGUACGUCAAAAGAAGUCGUGCAAUUCAACAACUAGUCUCUGACUGUGAAGGACGGUAUCAUGUGUUCAAUAACAAAGAUAAAGGGAAUCGCAAACAGGUGACUGAGCUGAUGGGAAAAAUUGACAGAAUGGUGGAGAAGAACGGCGGGGGUGGUUACACCAACGAGACGUUCCAAAUGGCAGAAGAUGCAAUUAAUGAGAAGUUUAAGAACAUGAUGAAAGAGAGGGAGCAGGAAAUUGAGAGGGAGAAGGAACAGCUCAAGGCCAAAUUUGAUGCGGAAAUAAGAUCAAUGAUGGAUGAAAAGACAAGGGAAAUACAGAGGGAAAGAGAAGAGAGAGAGAAGAUGCUGAUAGAAAAAGAGGAGACGCAACCACAGAAGGAACCACACAGCAAGUCCAAAUCAUAA